AUGGAUGAAGACACUUCUCGGACUUCCCAGGAGUCUGAGCGACAGACGGCUAGAUUAUGGCGCAUAUGGAAAACGGUGCAUGAGAUGCUUGCUGAUAGGGGCUACGAAAUGUCUGACGAAGAAUUGAACAUAACCUACGAUGAUUUUAGGAGCAAAUAUACGGAUUCGUUGGGCGGGCCUGACCGGAGCAAAAUGACAAUAGCCGCCAUCCCUUCGGAAUCGAUGAGAGCGAAAUACACGCCGCUCAAAAAGCGCGCUUCAGACCCCGACCCCGUGCCAGAUUGCGGACAAAUAUAUGUCCAAUUCUGCCCAGACACCUCAGCCGUGGGCGCAAAGCAAGUGCGCGCAUUUAAUCACACAGUUGACGAGGGCAACUUUCAUUCCGGAAUCUUCAUCACACAAACCGCCAUCUCGCCAUCGGCCGUUCGCCUCUUGAGCAGCGCUAUAGGCCAUAUCUGCGAACAUUUCCAAGAGUCAGAUCUACUAGUCAAUAUUACACACCACGAGCUCGUGCCAAAACAUGUAUUGUUGAGUGCUGAAGAGAAGGCUCGAUUGCUGGAACGGUAUCGUCUAAAGGAGUCACAGCUCCCUCGUAUCCAGGUCUCUGAUCCUGUCUCGCGCUAUCACGGGUUGCGAAGGGGCCAGGUUGUUAAAAUUAUUCGAAAAAGUGAGACAGCCGGUCGAUAUGCUAGUUACCGUUGGGUUAUUUAG